AACCGCGCGCCUAGUGUGACUGUACUGAAGUCGGAAAAGCAGACGCGGCUCAACCAACACGAGAAUGGGUGGCAAAAAUAAACAGAGAACGAAAGGAAAUGUUCGACCGUCCAGCAGUGGCAGAGCUGCUGAUCUGUUGGCCAGGGAGAGUGGUGUUGUACCUGGGUUUGUGGGAUUCGGUGUCUCAACCUCCAAUGAUCCAGGAUAUGUACCUGCAGUACAGGGGGCUGAGGAGAUAGACAAUCUAGUUGAUGCAGACUUCCGCAUGGUUCUACGGAAAUUGUCCAAGAGAGAUGCAGUCACAAAAUUGAAGGCAGUACAGGAGUUUGGAGCAAUGUGUCAAGAGCGUCAGCCUGAUGUUGUAAAAGGUGUCCUCCCAUAUUGGCCUCGGAUAUACUGCCGAAUAUCAGUGGACCAUGACCGCCGUGUGCGAGAGGCCACACAGCAGGCAUUUGAGCAGCUGAUUUUAAAAGUGAAGAGGAAUCUGGCCCCCUACCUGAAGAGCAUCAUGGGUCACUGGCUCAUCUCUCAGUGUGACACAUACUCUCCUGCAGCCUCCGCCGCAAGCGCUGCUUUCCAGGCCGCAUUUCCCCCGAAUAAACAACCAGAGGCCAUCAGCUUCUGUAAGGAUGAAGUCCUGAAUGUACUCCAAGACAAUUUGCUGAAAGAAACAGCUAACACUCUCAGUGACCCUCAGAGUGUGCCAGAGGAGGAGCGAGAGGCCAAGUACAUCCGUCUGUUGACCAGCUCUCUGCUGGCCCUGAAGAGACUUCUGAGUGUUUUACCUGAGCAGGACAGAGAGCUGCUAAAUGAGCGGCUGAUCCAACUCAUCACACAGGGCAAAUUCUGGAAGUACAGCAAACACAAGAGCCCACAAGUUCGAGGGGCAUACUUUGAGCUCAUUGCCUCCAUGUGUGAACAAACACCCCAGCUGAUCCAGGCAGAAGCGGCCCGAGCGUGUUCUGCGGUGCUGUUGUCAAUCGACGACACAGACCCGAUGGUGCUGCCUCCUUUGUGGGAGGCGGUCCUCCAUAUUCUGUCCUGUGUUGAUAACUGUUGGACGCAUGUCAGUGCCAGGAAAGGCAUGAUGCCGAAGCUCUGGGUGCUUCUUAAAGAAGGAGGUCGAGGUCUUGCAACAUCUCUGCAUCCAAACCUGCUGCCAUUUAUAAGCAAACUGCCAGCAGAGGUCACACAGCCCGACCUGGAGUUCUCUAGAACAUUCCUCACAUCCGUCAUUCAGGGAUUGUCCAGUGAGCGUGCCACGUCCAGUCCCUCAGAGAGUGCAGCCAUCAUUUUUGCCACGAUGGAGUGUCUGCGGUUUAUCAUCCUGCAGAACGCCGGAGACGAGCAGGAGCAGAGAAGCAUCCAGAAAAUGCUGAUCUCAGAACAGCUCCUGCCAUUGAUUGACAGAGCUCUGGGAAACGCAUCGCUGCAGACGGGUCCUCUGUUUCCUCAGGUCUCAGACAUGCUGCUUUCCUGGGAAAAGCGGAUUUCUGGAAAAGAGCCUUCCACCUUUCAAAGACUGCUGUCAGACUUCUGGGAGGGUCUGGGUCGUUUGUGCACAACUUGCGUGGACUGCGAGGAGGCUGAGCGAACUGCCCUUGAGGGCAUUGCAUCGCUCCUGCAGAUUAUGCAUAACCCGAACAGUGCCAGUAAACGGACCAAGAAGAAGAAAUCUGUGAAAAUUUGCAUCACAGACCAGGAAGAAAGAGGCCAAGGGGAGGAACCUCCGAUGGAAGCUCCAGCAGUGGAGGAACAAGACCGUCCCUUGAGAAAUGGACACCUGCUGGAUUUGGUGUGCCAGCUGGCGGAGCUCAACAUGGUGUACGUGAGUGAACGAGAGUCGGAAAGGCACCUGCGGUUUUUGUCUCAGCUGCUCGGGGCGUUCCCGAGCCCUAAGGUGUUCCAGGUGCUGCUGAGGCCAGAGGAAAUGAAGCCUGAAAUGGGGCCGGAGCUCAGGCCACUUGCUGAGAAUGCAGCUGUCCGCUUCCUCCUGCAGAGAGUGGCUUUAUGGUUAAAGCAGGAUGGCAGGAAGGACACUGACUUCCUGGUGGACAUGAUUUUCAGUUCCCUGCAGUGCUGCAGCUCCAGUGAUGACAAGACACUGAUCCUCAACCACAUCAGUAGGGAUUUGAAUUGGAACGUGACUCUUCAACUUAUUGAAAAGGCAUGUGCAGACCCUGUCCGUUUGGAGGUGUGUAUUGGCUGGCUGAGGGGUCCCGUGUUAGGGGAGAGGUUGGUGGGUCUGGCUGGUGAGCUGUGUGUGAUGGGUCUGCAUGGAUCUCCUUCUUCAUCAUCCCAUCAUGUAUACGGCUGGCCUCUCAUCAGCCUCGCUCUGUCACAGCAGCACAAUAAUGAGCCUCUUAUUGGUAAGGUGCAUGUCGAGCAGAUCAUUGACAAGCUUCACGCCACCCUGUCAGAAGCAAAGGGCAUGUCUGACGCCGGAAACAUGGAGCCGCUGGUCACUUUCAUCUCUGAUGUGGCUGCCACCUUCUUUUCUUCAGUUAAGGGCUGCCUGCUGCUGGCGUCUGCAGAGGAGCUGCUUAUGACUGUUUUCCAGCUUUGUGCACAAGACCAAACCAUCACCCGCCUCUCAGAUGCUCUUCUUCUGAAGCUUCAGCACGCCUACACUGCCGGCAUUCAAUCAUUGAUCACUCACCUGGGCGCAGGGGUCACAAAGGGUACCUUCCUCCACAACAUUGCUCUCUGGGUUAAGAGUCAGUUGCUCACCACACCACUGACAGUCAAAAGCCUGCAGGUUCUGGUGCAAGCUGUAGAGAGUCUGACUCAGACAAUCGGCUCGGCCCAGAAGACCAGCUGUCUCCUGUCUCAGUUUAUCUGCUGUCUUGCUCCUACUGAAGAGGAGUGGAGCCGCAUUAGACGGGCACUGCCCCCUCAGUGGGUGAGACACCCUCUGCUUUGUGGUCGUCUGAGAGUCACUGGUGAAAAACUCUGCAUGGACAUUUGGAAGUUCAGGGCGUCUAACCGGCUUCCCACGCACCUGUGUGUAAGUGCAUUACUGGGCAGAAUCAUCCUCACUGCAGCUUCACCUGAGGACCUGCAGGUGGAGGCAGACUUCUCUGAAAUUCCUGAUCUCAAACACAUAGUUCCAGAGAUUUUCUAUGGACUUCAGUGGUGUGAAGAAAUGGAGCUCUCACCCCUCAUGGUGUCUGAAUAUCAUAAACUGCUGCAGUCCUGGAGUUUAGAGCAGAGAAUCCUCAACAACAGCCUGAUCAAAACCACUCUUAUAGACAUGCUUUUCACAAGGUCACAAGAAGAAGGCUCUCUCUGGUCACUAUCUCUGGCAAAAUAUAUGCAGAACAGCGAAAUGGACCCAAGUGACAUCAAGGGCUUAUACGGCAAUGUAGAAAGUUUCUUUCCCCUCUCAGAACACAGUGUGAGUACGGUGCAGGCGCUGUGUCCAUUUCUAGCCAGUGAAGAGAGAGAAUCCCUCAUUGCCUUGUGUGUCGCAGAGCUCCUUAACUGGCAGGAUGGAGAGCAGGAUUGCAUCGAUAGUGUGCGAGGCUGUCUGGCCGUGCUGCUCUGCUGUCUACAGGCCGACACGGAUGUGGAGGAAGAGAUCUUGCUGGCUGUCGUAGACACAAUUGCAGAAUGGAGGAACAGUAGAGAGGAGUGGUUUCUCUUCAACAGUGACCUUGGAAAGGUUUCCGCUGCAGGGCUCUCAUUGGCAGUAGAAAUGAUGCGCUUCCUGUGCUGGAUGGUGGAUCAUUCUCCCACAGUCUUCGGAAACACUCAUUGGGAUCUCCUGCUUUGCUCAAUGCUGGCAUGGCUUGAGACUACCAGUGAGAACACCGCUGUAUUCUGGAAUCCAUGGGUUCAGCUGUUUGUGUGUGCAAACUGUGAGCUGAUUGUGAGGCUGAGUGAGUUUUUCACAUCGCCCCCUGCUGGUGUGGAGCAACUUCUUCCAGAGCUGACCUCAGAGUGGAAGGAGUUCUUUUUGGAGGGAAUUCACAACCUUCUGCUCCCACUGCUUAUUAAGAUCCCCACGGACUUUACAGAGCCGGAUGACCCUUUGUUCCCCCUGCCAGUGUUGAGGGCGAUGGGGGAGGCUCUUACGUACAUCCCCGUGGAGCUGCUCACACACAAUAAACUUCCUCCUCGGUUUGUAGCCGACCAGAGGAGCAGUCUGCCAGAGCCCCUCCAGACCCUGCUGAAUACCCUCUCGCCCCUGCUGCUCUUCAAAGCCCGCCCGUUACAGCUCGCUGUCUACCACAUCCUGCACAAGGUGAUGCCUUUGUUGCCAGAGAGUGACAGUGAGAGUGCCAGCGCUAAAUCUGAGGACGAAGAUGGAGAAGAACCAUGCUUGUCUCCUCCGGCAGCGUUGAUGAACAUCCUUUCUGCCACAGAAGAGCUACUGGAGAAUAUUCUAGGUGGUGUGCAAGUGGGUGAGUUUGCAGUGGUACAGGCCCUCAGCAUGGAGCACUGCUGCAUUCUGGGAUAUCUUCUGUCCUGGAAACUCCUUUUUACCUUCUUCAAGGCUUCUUCAUCUCAUCUGCGAGCUCAAUACUCUCUGCACCUGAAAAAGAGUCGUUCUCUUCAUAAACUACUGCUCCACCUGUUCCGUCUGAUGCCAGAGAACCUAUCAGUGCCCGGACAGCCAGCAGAACCCUCAAGCAAAGAACCAAAAACCUUCUUCACUGAGACUUUGUCUCUCUCCCCUCAGAAAACUGAAGGUCUGCAGUUUGAGGUUCCCCAUCUGGCAUGCUCUGUGUACUAUGGUGCGCUGAAAGACUUGCCCGCAAUGGUCCGUCUGUGGUGGAACAGCCAAGAGAAACGUGUCUUCAGCACGGUGGAUAAAUUCACCAGCAAGUACGUCAGCGGCGUCUUGUCUGCGCAGGAGAUCGCCUCUGUGCAGUCCAGCACCCAGACUUUUGAGAACAUGAUGGUGAAAGCGCGUUCUGCCACGCGGGAGGUGAUCGCUACUUACUCUGUCGACGAUAUCUUCAUCGAGCUGGUGAUUCAGCUGCCUCAGAAUUAUCCCCUCGGGUCUAUCUCAGUGGAGAGUGGGCGGAGAGUGGGUGUGGCCGUUCAGCAGUGGCGCAAUUGGAUGCUUCAGCUCAGCACGUACCUCACACACCAGAAUGGCAGUAUUCUGGAGGGUCUGUCGCUGUGGAAGAACAAUGUUGACAAGCGUUUUGAGGGGGUGGAGGACUGUAUGAUCUGCUUCUCUGUCAUUCAUGGAUCCAAUUACUCGCUGCCAAAGAAAGCUUGCCGUACCUGCAAAAAGAAGUUCCACUCUGUCUGUCUGUAUAAAUGGUUCACGUCUAGCAACAAAUCCACGUGUCCUCUUUGCAGAGAGACGUUCUUCUAAGCUCUGUCUCCAUGGACACAAAUAAUAGGUGAAUGACGUCCAUGGCGAACAGCUGACUCAAAAAGAAAUGUUCUGUUUGUUUGUUUUGUACAUAUGAUUUUUGCAGUGCUGCAAAUUACCAUGACCUUUUAGUUUCUGACUCUGAAGAUGUAUCCAACAACAUCCAUCACAAACAGCGAAAUUAAUGAAUAAACAGUCGGAAUUCCAGAAAACAAAGUGCCGGACUGAAUUAAAAACAACUGGACAGGACAAUGAAGGCUGAACAAACAUAUUCCUGGCCUUAAAGGAAUAGUUCACUCAUAAAUUGACACUUUGUCAUUAUUUAAUCAUCCCCCUGUCGUUCCAAACCUGUUCAUGUAAUUUUCUUUUCUGUGGAACACAGAAUUUUGAAGAAUCUUGACACUCUUUUCCACAACACAUCUGUCAAGCUCCAAAAAAGAGCAUCAUAAAAAUAGUCAGAAUGAAUUGUGUGCUAUAUUUAAGUCAUAUGAUAGAUUUGUUAAAGCAAAGGUCCAAAAUUUAAGUUGUUAUUCUCUGAAAUAAAUAUAUUUUUUGCACAUAUAGAUUUGGAAUAACCUGGAUAAAUAAUCACAAAAUAUUUAUUUUUUGCAUGUGAACUAUCUCUUUAAAUUCAAUUUAAAUGUCUAAGGUGGGAAGAUGGUUUGUCACAUAUCUGGUUACAUAAAUUUGCCAUUCAUUCUGGUGAAAUCACACUGCUCAUAGGUUCUGCUGAUGUGGAAAAUAAUGUAUUUUGCUCUGGUAAAUGUGGGACCAUAUGGAUGAUGACCUGUGUAGAAAUAAUGGACAUAGUUUUGGCUUUUAAUCUUAGUUAGAUUAUAUUUUGUUUGUAUGAUGACACGCAAUGCUGUAUGCAGCAAAAAAAUUGUUUGCUAUAUCUUUAGUUGUCAUGGAUUGUGUAACAUGACACACAAUCUGUGGUCCUGAAAUACAGAUGUUUAUCAUACUUUCA